AAGCAAGAUACAUUCUAUUAUAGUGUAAAUACAGUUCUCUCUAAUGGAGUUUCCAUAGCUAUUGUUCAUACUUGCUUCUCGUUAUAUUAGAAGUUAAUAAGUUUUAUAUCCGAGAUAUACUUUUCGUGGUAAGAAAAUUCUAAGAAACCAAUAUCUGUCGUAUUGGACUAUUGGGACAAGAAGCGCGAGCCAGGCCGGAGGAGCAGUGAAAACACCGAGGUGAAUAGCUUGCAAUUGGGUUGUGUGUGAGAGAGAUCUGGAUCUUUUUGUUUGUGAUUUUUGAUAGGGCUGUUCCUUCACUUUAAGAGGUGGGGUGUGAGUAAACAAGAUUGAGAAAGUGAAGAAAUUUAAGAGGAUGGAGGGGGAGAAGAAAUCAGGGGUUUCUGAUGUGGGAGCUUGGGGGAUGAACAUUGUUAGUUCUGUUGGGAUUAUUAUGGCCAACAAGCAACUCAUGUCUUCUGGUGGCUAUGGUUUCACUUUUGCAACUACCUUAACUGGGUGCCACUUUUUGGUAACUGCACUGGUUGGAGCUGUAUCAAAUGCUUCAGGUUUCUCUGCCUCGAAGCAUGUUCCUUUGUGGGAGCUUCUUUGGUUUUCGAUUGUUGCUAACAUGUCCAUCACAGGCAUGAACUUCAGUCUCAUGCUCAACUCUGUUGGGUUUUACCAAAUCUCAAAACUGAGCAUGAUUCCUGUGGUCUGCAUUAUGGAAUGGAUUAUUCAUAAUAAGCAUUACACGAGGGAGGUAAAAAUGGCAGUUGUGGUUGUUGUAAUAGGUGUGGGAGUUUGCACAGUAACUGAUGUGAAAGUUAAUGCCAAAGGUUUUAUUUGUGCUUGUGUGGCAGUCCUGUCUACAUCGUUGCAACAAAUUUCUAUAGGUUCGCUGCAGAAGAAGUACUCAAUUGGAUCUUUUGAACUGUUAAGCAAGACAGCUCCAAUUCAGGCCAUCUCUUUGUUAAUCUUUGGUCCCUUUGUUGACUACAGCCUUAGUGGGAAAUCUCUACUGAACUACAAUGUGUCUUAUGGGUUUGCUUUAUUUCUAAUCCUUUCAUGCUCCCUGGCCGUCUUCUGCAAUAUAAGCCAAUAUCUAUGCAUCGGGCGAUUCUCAGCAGUUUCUUUCCAGGUUUUAGGUCAUAUGAAAACAGUAUGCGUCCUAACUCUGGGUUGGGUGCUAUUUGAUUCAGCCCUCACAUUCAAGAACAUCAUGGGGAUGGUGAUUGCCAUUGCUGGCAUGAUCAUUUAUAGCUGGGCAGUCGAGCUUGAAAAGCAGGCCAAUGCAAGAAAUUCUUCCCAUAUAAAAAACAGUUUGACAGAAGAAGAGUUUAGACUACUGAAGGAAGGAGUUGAUCACACACCUCUGAAGGACAUUGUUGUGGAGGACUCCAAGUAAGUUGAGGUACAUACCCGUGGCAGCGGGAGACAUGCUGUUUGUGUCAUAUUUAUAUAUCUAUUUGUAGUUAUGCCUUCAUUGUAUCUUACAUACCCGGUCUAAAACAUAGAAAAAAUGAUGAUUUGUUAUUUAAUACCAAUUAAUAGUUUAUUUCA